CACCGCCAGCAGUUCUAACGAGACAAUGGCUGGAAUGGACUUCUCGAUGCCAAAGGAGCUCGUGUUCGACGCAAUCGUGGUGGUGGAGGAGCGGAAGUUCCACGUGGGGAAGCAGUAUCUCGCCACACAUUCGCGGGUCUUCCAGUCUCUGUUCGCCACCCCGGGAGAUCCAGAGAUCACAAUUCAGGACGUCUCUUCCGAGGAUUUCCUCAAAUUCCUCGAAUUCAUGUACCACAACACGGAUCAAAUCACAGCACAGAAUGUGGAGUCGCUUCUGACGGUUUCUGCACGGUUUGGCGUGGAUUUUGUGAUGGCUCGCUGCGAAAAUUGGCUCUCACUCGAUGAGUCAAUGGAUUUCUCGCUUCGUCUCCAGCUCGCCGAGACGUACAAAUUCUGGAAUCUCUUUGACAAACUUCUGGAGACGUUGCAAAGCGAAGCCGACUGUCAGCAAGUGAUGAAAAUGCGAUUCCCACCGAAGUUGGCCAGUCAUUCGAUGAUGGCGUUGUGUCGCCGAGCUGCUGCUCUCGCCAAGGAAGCUGCAAAGCCAGAAGGAGCCGGAGCACAAAUCACCGAGGAGGAGCUCGACCGGACUAUGAAGAUGCUCGCUCCAGCAGAAGAUGACCAUUCUCAGAUGGAGCUCACAGUUCCCGACGACAACGCUUCCGGAAGCUCUGGAACUCUCGGAGAUUCUGAGGACACUGGUGCUGAGCUCGUGGAGCCGGAACUCUCAAGGAUCCUUCAGAGGACGUUCGUGGUGCCGAGAAGAUCGCGGAAGCUGUCUGUGCCAGAGCCGGAGGAGUACGAGGAGGACGGCUUCUCGGAAACUCUGGAGCUGUUCCAGGAGGAGGCACGCAGCUGCCACGACGAUACAAUCACGCUGGAGUGAUGGAUAAGAAGAUAAUUUUCAUGUCAAAUAAUUUCGCCAUAUUUUUUAUUAGUAUAUUUAAAUUUUCAUCGUGUACAUAUUAGACUAUUUCAAGUUAUUUUUGUGAAUUCAUAAAUCGGGUCGCAACUUGA